AUGAUUUUCAUUCUUCCUCAUGAGAUAAUUUUCAUUUCUCUCCACCAGAUGAUUUUCAUUCUUUCCCACCAGAUGAUUCUCAUUCUUUUCCACCAGUUGAUUUUCAUUGUUCUCCACCAGAUGAUUUUCAUUCUUCCUCAUGAGAUAAUUUUCAUUCCUCUCAACCAGAUGAUUGUUCCCUUUGAUUUUAAUUCUUCUCCACCAGAUGAUAUUCAUUCUUCUCCACUGAAUGAUUUUCAAUCUUCCCCAACAGAUAAUUUUCAUUCUUAUCCACCAGUUGAUUUUCAUUCUUCUCCACCAGAUGAUAUCCAUUCUUCUCCACUGAAUGAUUUUCAGUCUUCCCCAACAGAUGAUUUUCAUUCUUAUCCACCAGUUGAUUUUCAUUCUUCUCCACCAGAUGAUAUUCAUUCUUCCCCACCAGAUGAUUUUCAUUCUGCCCCACCAGAUGAUUUUAAUUCUUCUCCACCAGAUGAUAUUCAUUCUUCUCCACUGAAUGAUUUUCAUUCUUCUCCAUCAGAUGACUUUCAUUCUUCCCCACCAAAUGAUUGA